UUCAUUCUCUUUCUCUGCUUAAAACCCCAUUUUCCCAUUCCUCUCCUUCUUUCCCUCUCCUCCUUCAUCAAUGGCGUCCAUCACCUCCAUUCUCAUUCUCCUACUCUCUUUCGUCUUCACACUUCCCACCUCACAAUCUCACCUCUCCACAAACUACUACUCCAAAUCAUGCCCCAGAUUCUACGAAAUCAUGGAAGAAACAACCACAAACAAACAAAUCACAUCUCCCACCACUGCAGGCGCUGCACUCCGUCUCUUCUUUCAUGACUGCUUCGUAACAGGAUGCGAUGCUUCCGCCUUAAUCUCAUCUACACCGUUUAACAAAGCCGAACGAGAUGCCGAUAUCAAUCUUUCUCUUCCCGGUGAUGGUUUUGAUGUCGUCGUACGCGCUAAAGCCGCGCUCGAACUCUCCUGCCCUGGCAUUGUCUCAUGCGCCGAUAUUCUCGCUGUCGCAACUCGCAAUCUCGUCUCAUUCGUCGGUGGUCCGUUCUACACUGUUCUUCUCGGUCGCAAAGACGGUUUAACCUCUAAAGCGUCUCUGAUUUUGUCCAAUACUUUGCCUAAACCUAAUAUGACUAUCGAUGAGAUGCUUUCGAUUUUCGAGCGUCAUAAUUUCUCUGCAAAAGAAAUGGUUGCUCUUAGUGGAGCUCACUCUAUUGGAUUUUCUCAUUGCUCUGAGUUUGCUUCUGAGAUCUAUAAUUAUAGCUCGACUCAGAAAUUCGACCCGAGUUAUAACCCGAGGUUGGCUCAAGGAUUGUGUGAUGCUUGUGCUAAUUACAAAAAGGAUCCGAGUUUAUCCGUGUUCAAUGAUAUAAUGACGCCUAAUAAAUUUGAUAAUGUGUAUUUUCAGAAUUUGCCUAAAGGUUUAGGGAUCUUGGCUUCGGAUAGAGGGUUGUAUAAUGAUGCAAGAACUAGAACGUUUGUGGAGUUGUAUGCUCGAGAUCAGGAUGCGUUUUUCAGUGAUUUUGCUAAAGCUAUGCAGAAAUUGAGUCUUGUUGGGAUUAAAACUGGAAAACAUGGUGAGAUUAGGCGCAGGUGUGAUGCUUUCAAUAACAUUCAAACUUGAAAUUAAAUAUACAAUUAUUGAAAGAAACAGAUGAUGAAUUGCAAUGAUUUAUUGCAUUUUUUGAGGAUAUUUUGAUGUUUUUAAAUUUAAAUUGGGCAAUUUAUUUUGUUUUAUGGGUAUUGUUUAUAUGCUUCCACACUUUUACUUGAAUUUGUGUUGUAUUCAGAUUGUUAUAACAGUUUAACUGCAAAGGUUAAUUAGUGGAGUAAUUAAUGUAUGUACUUAAAAAAGUAGUCACUUUUUGGAUUCUUUUCUUCAUU